UCGAACGACGUCCAAGAUCGCAGCGAGUCGACCUAUAGAAGUCUUUUGUCGCGAAAUUAUUUCACGACGACGUUCAAACUAUAUUAUCAUAAUUGUAAUAUUUUGUUCCCGCAAUAUACUCUCAACGCGAAAAAUGAACGAGAUGAACAGAUGUAAGUCGUAUUUUCGUUAUCAUAAUAAUAUGUUAAACAAAUGCUAAAAACACAAAUGCUACAAAUACAAAUUUUACAUUUUCAAAUCUGCGUGAUUUUUUUCUAUCUCUAUGUCUGUGGCCGAUUUUUCGAUUAUAGUAAAAAUCCUCUACGACUUUCGCACCUUUGAAAACAAGGAUUUUCCGACUGGUGGUACUUUUUCUGCAGCGUUUUUCUAAGUGUGUAACAGCUAAACAGUUUAAUAGAAAAAAAAAAAACAAAACAAUUUAUAAACUGAAGACAGAAAUAUUACGGUACACACCGGUUUUGAACUCGGUGCAGAUCUGAAAUUUCGAAAAACUGUCCGAUAGUAUCGCAGCUAUCAAAGCAUUUUAAUUUUGGCCUUUUUUUAUUUCUGGGUAAUUCUGGGUAUUUCUGGGUAACCCUAUUGGUUAAUUACAAAGGGAAAUAUUAACUUUAGUUCUUAUAUUUCAUUGUCAUUUUGUUUGUUUUUUAACUCGUAUUGAGUAACAAAACGUGGAGACGAACGUCAUUCCAACACACGAAAUAAAUAAAUUACUCGAAAUUAAUUUCACAAGAAAUAAAGAAACAAAUAAAUAGAAUUUUAGGUUGAUCUCUAUAGUUUUUGGGUUUAGAAAAAGAGGUCGACAAAUUGGAAAAUCGACAAUUUAACGACGAAUCCCUUUUUCUUAUCUGGAAGGACAAACGAAAGUACGUUACCCAGGCAAAUGAAAACAUAAUAUUUUCGAUAUUUUGAUUUUUUUUUUUUCAGAAAUCCAAAAAGCCAGAGAUUGAUAAUCGAAUUUUAAUUUCGGAUAUUACCAGUAAUAAUAAACAGUUGUGUUGUGUAAUGGCGUAUUUAGAUGUAGAUACUACGAUAGGCACGUGUCCAUAGCGACACAUUUUAAGCAGGGGUGUCAUUUCAGUUUUUCAAUAUCAAUGUAAACAUUUGAAUCGUACCAACUUUUGUUUCCAUCCGACCAUUUAUAAAUCCUAUUUAUUUUAUGAAACUGAAAAAAAUGAUCAGCUCGUUUUGCUCGUACGUAUUUGUAUUCUCACUUUACAUUUAUAAUAUUCGAAUGAUAUAUUUGUUGAAAUAACGAAAAUAUUGAUACUGAACUACGUAGAAAAAUAAACUAUGUGCGCACAUAGUUUAUUUUUCUAAGUAAUAACUCAUUGUACCACGAUUUACUCUACGUGACAUCAGUUUCGAUGCGCACUGAUAGUUUUCUGACAUAUCUGUUUAGAUGGCCGUGGUAACAAUCACCCUGGUCUAACUCUCACAUCUCGGACGACCGAAUUUCGGUAGAGACGACCAUUGUUAGUGGUUCGAUUACCUUUUGCUUUUUAUAUUUUAUCGACGGCGGCGCAAUUAUAACAUUUUUUGUGGACUAAAAACACACGAAGGAAAAAAAAUUAGGGCUACUAUAGUAUAGCUUGAAUCCCUCAAAUAAAGCUUCUGAUUUUAAGGGGCGACAAAUUUUAAAAGGAUAUUUUUUUAAUUUUCUUUUUGACUAAUAUAAAUGGUUGAAUGGUGAUCAAAACUAAAUAAAAUUGAUAAAUUGCGUGAUAUUUUAAAAUCAUAAAUUAAAAGACUAUUUUUUUUUUUUAAUGUAGCUCCUGAUAUUUCUGUAGUUCUAUCACCUAUAUCAGUAAUCAUAAUAUGAUUGCUAGUACAAAUAAAUUAAACCUUAAGGUUAGUGAUUAGUGAUACUAAAAUAAUAAGUUGAUCCAAUAUAGGUGAUUGAAUCUGAAGAUAGUAUUAUGCCACGUGGUUUGACUAAUAUUAAUGCGAAUGCAAGCAUAUGUAUUUUGUAUCAUUUGAAAUAAAAUCAUGGGUUAGCAAGGAUCUUGAAUAAUAUUUUCAAUUCAGUAAUGUUUUAAUGAAGUCGUUGGAUCGAUAAAUUCUAAUUAGUUGUUCAUCAGAAUUUGACAGAAAAAUAGGGUGUCCCUCGAAGAUAUAACCGUUAAAAUAUUUCUUGAGAUAAUAAAUAUAAUCAAAUUCUGUUUUUUUUUUUAUUGCUCUCAGGAAUAUAAAUAUUUAUAUUUGAAUUAAAUUUGUAUGUUUUUAGUGAAAAAUUAAAAAAAAAUAACUUUUUAUUUUAUUAUUUUUGAAAAAUUUGAAGAUAGAUAUUUUACUGAGAUUAUUCUUCUGAUCAUUUUGAGAUAUCAACUUUUUAUUUUCAUUAAAUCCGUGAUUUUUAAUAAUUUUUUAAAGCUCACAGAAAAGAACCUAUAAUUAUGCAGCUGCAGGUUGUAAUUACAUUCGCUAAUUGGUUAGGUAUUAUUUUCAUAGCUAAUAGAUUAUGCACCUUAUUUUUCUGAACUUUAAAAAAUUACUAAAAUUACGAAUUUAAGAUAACAAAAUGUUGAUGUGUUAAAAUUUUCAGAAGAAUAAGCUCUAUAAAAUAAAAAGUUAUUUUUUUCAAGUUUUUACCUAAUCAUAAAAAUAAAUUAAUUGAAAUAUAAAUAUUUGUAGUCCUUAUCUUUUGUAAAUAAUAAAAAAAAAAAAUAAAAAAAAAUAAAAAUGUAAUCAUCUUUAUUAUCUCCGAAGAUAUUAUAAUGGGCGGGACACCCUGAAAUUCAAUAAACAGCCGAUAGUAUAAUAAUAUAAGUGUGUUCAUAUUAUGAAAAAAUCAAGAAAAUUAUAUUUUUUCAUAAAUUACUCAUUUACGGUAGCGAAUUAUUAAUUUGGACCCCGAUAAAAAUGGCAGGGUAAUAGAUACCUAACCCUAAAAAUAUAUACCUUGGAAAAUCAAAAUAUUUGUCUAUUUUAAAUAGGGAAUUGAUUGAUAAAGAAAUAAAAGUUCGUUCUUAUUUAGAUUGUCUCUAAGUUUAAGAGUGGCUUUUUGUGAUCCUUGUCGAAUAUAGUUAUUUUAGUAAUUUAGAGUGGCAAUUUUUAAAAGGAUUACAAGCGAUAAACAUGUAAAUACGUCCGAUUUCUUUUCAGUAAAAGUGCUAUCAUAGUAAAUAGGAAAAAAAUUGCUAGAAAAUUGUAGAAAAGUUGUUCACUGGUAAAAAAAUGGCAGAAAUAUUUUACUACAUAAUAUAUUUCCUACAUUUUUCCGUUUUUCCGUCAUAUUUUUUUCGAUUUUUCACAUUUGAUGAGAAAACUCCUGAAAAAGAAUCGAAAAAUUACUUCCUUAAAGUACUACCCCAAGAAAAUUUUCUUUCAGAAAUGGGUUUACAUCGUAGUGUACAUCGGAGUAAACUUUCUAAUAGAACAAGUGUUCGCAUAAAAAAAAAAAAAAUAAUGAUAAUUAUCUUUGAAAAAUAUUGGUUUUACACUCUUUGCUUCACUUAGAAUUUAAAAUGAAAGCUGACUGCGUCCGUUUGCCUCUUCCCUCAAAUUCGAUCACUGUAGUGUAUUUAUCGAUGACAGAGUUUAUAUGUAAAAAAAAAAAAACCAUGUUUUUAACGAGUACAGUAAAAAUCGUUUAAUAUUAUGGUGAAUCGCAGUCCAUGGUGAUAAAAUAAAAUAAAUAAAAUUAUAGUGUCGUCUUACGACACCGCUCAAAAUUUUGACGUAAUUUUUUUAUCGCGGCACCUACGCGUUUGUUUUCAUCAUCUUCGAUCAUAGGUUUUGUAUAAACAUAAAAACGCCAUAAUCGUUCUGUUUUUCUUAAAUUAUAAUAUCACGUAAGACUAAAACAUAGUUGGACAAUAUAAAAUAAUAAUAGAUGUAGUUAUAAUAAUAUUUUAUGUAUUAUGCAAUCCCCCCAUGCAUUUUUAUCGUUGCAAUUAAAACAAUUAGAGUAAAUACCGUGUUUGAAGUCUAUUGCAACAAUAAUAACAAUACAAACAAAAAAAUAUUACUGCUUUUAGUAUUUUAUGAACAUCGCUCGUACAAUAAUAUACUCACGGUUUAUAUUAUUGUUAGAUGAAAACGUAUACGAACUCAACUAGACUUGACAAGGCUCAUAUGCUACUAUACAAAUUUAUAUUCUCUACAUCAGUAUACAGAUUAGCGAUUAGAUAGAAUAGUUUUUAUUUGAAAUACAACUUUUUGAUUGCUGCGAUACACGUGUGUGUACUCUAGUAUACCUAUAUAUUUAUACUAAUGGAAACGCGAAUGAACGGCGGAGAAUUUCAUGUGUUGUUGAAAGGUAUUAAUCGAUUUCAGUAUUCUAUUUUUACAUACUUUUAUACAGAAAGUGUAUCCUUUUUUUCCCCCGGCAUUACGAAUUUUCAAGAGGUAUUUUCGCCACCGACACUUCUCACGCGAUUGUUGUGCAGUACCCAUCAUACUUCCUCUUGUCUAUUGAUGUAUAGUUAAUCCACUACACCUAAUUUCUCCGUAUCUGUUUUCACCCCGUUCAUCCGUCAAAUUUUACAGUGAAAAUAAAAGAUAAACCGAUUUAAAUUAAAUUUUAUUUUAUUAUUUCUUUGAUCCGUCUAAUAAUAUAAUAUUGCUCAAUUUUUGUGUACAAUACAAAUUACGGGAUGUAGGCAAAGAUAAAACAUUCAGUAAUACAAUCACAUGUAAUCAAUAUAAUAUAGAAUACUUGAUACUUUUUUAAUAAUAUUACGAUAUUGAAAUACAUCUGUAGGUAUAGUUUUUGUGUUCUAUAUUAUUAUAAUAUGACCGAAGAGAUUGGCGCAACAACCAGAUAGCUAAAAUUUUUUUCGAAAAUGAACUUUUUGACGGCAUAAUAUAAAAAGAAAAAAAAAUUCUCUAUAUUCGAGUGUAGCAAUCAGAUUAUUUUGAUACAAUGAAAAAUACUUACAUGUAUUAACAAGUUACAUGUAUUACAGUAUUACAUGUUACUUAUCACAUAAUAUAUGCUCGUGUACAAAUUUUCGAUUCAACAAUCGUAUUUAUCGGGAAUAAAAAUAGAAAGGUUUUUUUUUUAUUUCUCCUGGAAAAUUUCAAAUUUGGCUGUUAUUUGGUUGUUGCUCCGUGGAAUUAAAUUAUUAGAAUAUUAAUAAAGACAAUACAAACAGUGAUGCAACCAGGAUUUAUUUUCGGAGAGGGUUUUAUGAAUUUGAAAAAAAAAUCAAUUUCGGAUGUAAUGUUUAAAUAGUUUAACUUUCAUUUAUAGACAACACAUAUUGGAAAACAAUUUACACUAAUAAUAAUUAUGUAUUUAAAAUAUAUACUUUACUCAUAAGUACAUGAUGGGCCAUUUAAACUUUCGGGAUGUUUUUGGUAAUAAUUAAAAAAAAAACAAAACAAAUAAUUAAUUUUGAAUAAUUUUUCGUUUAUUUUAGACAUAGAAAUUUGUUCUCAUUACUUUUUAAAAAUAAUAUCGCGUAAAUGGUCGCCUUCAGAGUAAAUGGUGUAAUGUGCUCGUUUUUGGCAUUUCCAUCACUUUUCGAAAGGUUUCCAGUUUAAUAGCGGCCAUUUCCUGUCAUAUAUUAUCUUUUAAUGCUUCUAGGGUCCGUGGUUAGGUUCAGAUUAAGUAAAAUCUAAACUUCAAAUAACCCCGUAGGAAAAAGUCUGGAGGCGUUAAGUCGGGUGAUCGCAGAGGCCAGUCGAAAUCACAAUUUUUUUGAAAUUAAGUGUCCGAGGAACAAAGGACGCAAUAAAGCAAAUAUGGCUCGAGCUGUAUGAGCUGUGGCGCUGUUUUGUUGAAACCAAUAGUCGUUUAUGUCGUUACCAAUCAGAAAUGGAAUCAAAAUAUCCGUUAUCAUGGCUCGUUAAUGCUCUCCAUUGAUGGAUACGGCUGCUCCAGCAUCUCCUACGAUAAAGAACGGUCCAAUGAUUGUUUUCGCAUAAAUUUGGGCCAAAAGUCAACGCGUGCGUUGAUUGUUAAGAGGUUGUUCGUGGAUUAAUUGAAGGGUUUCAUUGGUGUAGAACCAACUCUUUUGUUUAUUUACGGCCUCAUUCAACCUUAAAUACUUCGAAAAGUAAUGGGAAAUGUCGAAAAAUGAGCACAUUAAUGUUAUUUGCUCUAAAGGCGACCAUUUAGGCGAUAUUAUUUUUAAAAAUUAAUCAGAAUAAAUUUCCAAAAUAAACAAACAAUUAUUCAAAAUUAAUAAUUUGUGUUUUUUUUUAUAAAAUUAUUAUCAAAAAACGUCCCGAGGGUUUAAAUAGCCCACUCUGUAUAAUAAUAAUAAUUUACACUCUAAGAUUAAUUCUUCGAGUAGAGUGUCUCAACAUUAAGCACUGAAUCUGGUUUACCUUUAAUGUCUGUAUGUUUAAAGUGGUCAUUCCUGAUAGUUGUUAUCACUUAUUCAUACAUGAUGUUACAACAUUAUAUUUUAAAUUGGUAUGAAAAUCAUAGAACUACGUAGGCACUACGUAAAAUUCUUAAAAAACUAAUAAACAUAUUUUGGGAGGGGUACCCCCCUAGUUGCGCCACUGAAUGCAAACAUAAUUAAUAAUAGUAUAAUGUGAUUUUUAUAAUAAACGCAUAAAUAGCAGUUUUCACAAAUUAGAUAAUCAGAUAACCUAGGUAUAGGUAAUAUUUACGAGACGUAUUCGAAUGACAGAUUCGUUGGGUAUGAUUAUCGAAACACAAAUUCAAAAUUUCAGUAUAUUGUUAAAACACAAAAAUAAUCUUCGUUUGUUAGGUAUCUCUAUGAGAUAUAAGAAGUACGACAUAUACGAGUAAAGUUCAGGGUUAUUAUAGAUACCAAUAUAUCUAAAUUAUAUUAUUAUUACCUAUGUAUUUCAAUAGGCAUUUAACACAAGUCUAACAUUGUUAUAAAAUGUACAAUACGUAUAACACUCGUAUUAUUAUUCCAACUACCUUGAUGAACUUAUCUAUUUAGAUAAAAAAAAUCUAUUGUUUUUUAUUAAAAACAUUUUCAGGGAAUAAUAUAAUUAUUUAGUUGUUCACGUGUCUUCACGAUUUAUUAAUCAUGUAUGCGUUACGUGAUUUAUAUAAACGCUUUUGGAUCUCAAGAUUAUUAAAUGGAGUACCUAUACUUAAUAAAAAUUACAAAAAAUUACCUCUCGAAUGCAAUUUCCGCAACUCGAUCGGAAAUGUUACCGUCAUCAGAAAUCUCUCUUUUAAUGAUGUUUUUCCUUUAUUUCAAGCAAGUUGUUUCUAGUUUUUUUUUUUUUUUGUUAUCAAAAUCGUGUUGAUAGUUAUUAGAAAAAUACUUGAUCGUCCCUUAUUCGAACGAAUUUUAUUUAAAGCUGUAAAAAUCACUAUACGAUAACGUUAUACCCAAUAACUGCAUAUACGAGUACAAAUUAUUUGGUUCUUAUAUUCAAUUUUAAUUUUAAGUUAUUUAAUCAAAAAGUUAUAUAUGUUUUCAUUUUCAGCCGCCAUAAGUAUAAAAAAUUAUGUCAAGAAGAAACAAAUUACACAUGACAAAUUAUUAGAGUUUUUUCACCGGCACGUGCCUAUUACGUCAUGGCUUCCGAAAUACGACAGAGAAAAGGCAACGGGCGACUUAAUUUCCGGUAUCACGAUCGGACUGACCAUGAUACCGCAGAGUAUUGCGUAUGCGUCCAUGGCCAAUUUAUCACCACAAGUGCGUAUGAUUUUUUUUCAAGAACCUACAUACAAAAUACAUAGAACAAAUAAAAAUAUAGAAUAUAUAGAACAACAUUAUUGAAUUGGUUUAUACAACUUUUCCGAUAUAAAAUUUAAUAAUAAUAAUGGAGUACACCAAAAAAAAAUUAUUUUUUUAAAUUAAACGUUUGCACAUACUUGUAUUGUAUAGGUAUAUGCGAAUUUUAUGGGUUAUACAGAAUAAAAUUAAAAACCGUAUGGGACGUAAUUUAACUGUUCGACAAUGUUUUAGAUUCUGAGCUCGUGAGCUCUGAGUGUCAUAUUUCGAUUUUGUUGCAAUUUGUUUAAAAAUAAACUGUAAAGACCUGACAUUAUUGCAAAAUACUUACAUAUAUUAGCAUUUUCUAGGCUUAGUAAUAUUUUCAUAACAUUUUUAGUUUUGUUAGCCAUUUUAAUCUAUUUUUAUAGGCAUUUGAUAUCAGUUGACAUUUGUUUUACAAUUUUACACGAGGUUCGUUUAAGUUGUACUUAGUGAUUAAAAAAUAAGUUGACUGGUGAGCUUAAUGUAGUUGUUUUUUUAUAAGUCUUUUUAGUUCAAAUUUUGUUGAACAUUGUAAUAAUCACAUCUCAAAACAAACAUGUUUAAUUGAACUCAUAAUCGUAUUUAACUAGGGAGUAUUUAUCGUUGUGUACACAUUUCAAUGAAAUUUGUAUGUCAUUUCCACCUACAACAGUGUUUCCCUCACUAACAGUAUAUCAGCUAUAUUUCUUUAUUUUUUAUUAAGUAUUUACCUAUAAUUUUUGUUGAAUUUUCUUCCAAAAUAUAGAGACUAUUUCACUGCACUUUGUCCAUGAUGUAUUUAUCACACUAUUUUUGGACUCUCCUAGCCAUUUCCUUAAGACUAAAUAAGACUAAAUUACAGGAGAAUUAGAGUUGUUUUAUAAGCUGCCUGAAGUGAUACGAUUUAUGUACAUUUUGUUAUAUGGUUGUGGAAGGAGAAUGUUUUUUUAAAAACCCCUACAGACCUAAUAAAAGCCAGGAAGAUGAAAUUUUGUAUAUGCAUGUCGUUAGUAUCAAGGAUGUCUCUUUUGGGGGUUUCAACUAUUAACUCAUACUCCUUUAAAUUUAACCAUUUUAUUUUAAUUUUAGAAGUUCGGAGGUACCUUGUCCUCAACCUUGUAGUCUAUGACGUAUCCUCGCAGUUAAUAAUCUCUUGGUAUAAUACAAUAAUGAUUCAUAAUUGAUAUUGAUAACAUUAUAAUGUUUAAUCGUUUAAUUAUUAUUGUUAUUAUUAUUGCUGACCCACUUGUGCGGGAUAAAGGCGGAAAGGAAGAAGUUUAUUAUUAUUAUUGAUAGUAUUUAAUAUUUUUCGUAAUACGACAUAACAACAGCCAACAGGUGGGUGUUGUUGCAUCGGCAUUAUCCAUGUAUGCAGGUAUAUAAAUUUUGAUUUAUAUAUAGUUAUUAUCAAUAAUUUGUUAAUAGGUGUGAUAACUAUCUAAUAUUUUGUUUCAAAAUUACUCGUUAGGUUCAUCAAAAGACUUACAAUAUUCGUGAAAACAGUUAAUUAAAAACUGAAAGCACCCGUAAACUAUAUAUCUAUAGAGUCGCAUAUUCCCUCGAUUAUUUUAUAGUAUAGAAAUAUUCAUUGUAAUACAAUAUGUAAGUAACCGAAUACUAUAAUAAUAUACAAUCCUAUGUAAUAGAUACCUACUGUACAACGAGCAGUGGUAUAAGGCAGAUAACUUAUAAAAGUUAUAAAAACGAUUCGUCCGUUAGUUUAUCCGUUCAGUAUUUUGUAUUUAUUUACUUUUUUCUAAUUUUCAUUCUUAUAUGUACUAAUUCUUUAUUUAUUUAUUUAUACAUAUUAUAUAUAUAUAAAUUAUAAUUUAAUUAUAUAUAUAUACAAUAUGCAUAUACAGUAAUAUUGAAAAUGAGUUAAUUAAACAAAUAAAAAUAAAGACGUAUUAGUAAAAAAAUAUUACGGCUUUUUUUUUCCAGUGAACAUUUUUUCUGCUGUAAAUUUGCUCUGAUUUACAAUGAUAGCACUUUUUCUAAAAUAAAAAUUUACUAUGAGGAGAUACUUUAGGGAGGUUCUUUUUGAUUUUCCCAAAAAAUGAGAAAAACCGGGAAAAUAGUUACAAUAUUAAAUAAAUAUUAUUUUAGAAAAUGUUUAAUGCAUUUGUAAUUAUUUUACCAUAAUAUGACAUAUAUUGUUGACAAAGACAACACUGUUAACCGAACUCCGCUCAGAAUCGUUUUUCGUUAGAAAUGGUUAAUCGUUGCGUAUACAGAUACACAUUAAAUUCCUGUCUAUAUUCUACCUUUCCAACUUCCCAUUUUCAAUAGUGGCUGCACCCUUCCCCAUUAUCCUAGGGCAGCUUUUUUUUUUAAAUACGUAUGUAUUGUUUUCCUAAAAUAUUAUGAAUAUUUUAUAGAAGUAUUCAGAACAUGUCAGAAAUACCAAGUUUUAAAAAAUUCGAGUACAUUUUGUAACGUCCAAAAGUGGAUAUGUCGUGAAAAUCAAAGCGCGCGAUCGUUCGAUUGUUGUGAAAUAAGUAUUGUUACGCUGCGCUGAUUAAACAGCCACCCGUGUUUAGCAACACUGAAAAGAUGUCCGUAUCCCACCUGAAUUUGAUAUGUUUUCGCAUUAAAAUUGUGCAAAACGACUAACGACGCGAGUCCCCGGCCAAUAAAUUUAAGUAAAUUUUACCGAUAAAGUCUCAAGCGUUUCGACGUUUGUCGAUGCGCUGGUUAGAACGUUGACAUUUUUCUCCCAUCCGUCUUGGUAAGUGGAUUCAUGUCAAAUUUUUUUUUGUAUGCUCUCACCAGCCCAAAAUGGUAGAGUAAAUCCACGUGUAAAGUACCCUGUGUGGGGCGACUUCGGUCGGUGCAAGGAAUACUGUGAAUAUAAAUAUUUGUCUUAAAUAUUUUGGCCGGUACUCUCGUUGUUUUGUUAUUUUCCUUUCCCCUUUAAUUAAGUCAUUUUAAAACAAUAAAUAUUGUAAAUUGAUUUUUUUUUUUAAUACAUACUAUAUUUGUGUCGAUCGUUAAUACGGCCAUUGUGCCAUGUGACUAUUUGUCAAUAGCAAAAUUUUCUUUUCAUUCGUUUUUCCUAAACGAAUCAUUUAAUAUGAUGUGCUUAUUAAAUUUUGAACAGAUUGUACUACAAAAAUUUAUCAUAUUAUUGUAAACGAAAUUUAAAGUUUUAAUAAAUUCUGUAGACAAUCCAAAAUCCAUGUUCCUUAAUUCAUCCACGAUACAUCAGUGGUGUUUAAAAUGGCUUUACUACUCUCUUUGUUUACGAGUUGGUUGAUGAGAUGUGAUGGACGAUGGACUAAAUGUAGAUGCCAUUAGUGAUGCCACCGCUAAUGCCAUCAUAGAUGAAUUAAGGAACAUACAAAUUGUGUACAAAGUGUGGAAUACAUCAGGUAACAAAGAUCAAAAUAUCUGAGGCUGCCAUGGGUUCAUGAGACUCAUAGCACAGUUUUUGGAAAAGUUGUUGGACUAAGACUCGAUCUCAGUUUGUACUUUAAUGCCACUGGAUAAAUUUGUAUAAGUUUAAAAUACUUGUAGACCAAACCAAAUUAACAAUAUUGCCUUAGUACUGAAAAAAUGCAUGUAACGAUAUUCCCUUGCUUUAGAAUAUUAUUAAUAAUUUAUUUUGUCCAUGCGUAGGUCGGACUGUACACGGCGUUGACGGGAGGACUGAUUUAUACACUUUUAGGUACUGUCAAACAAGUGUUCAUGGGACCAACGUCGCUAAUGUCUUUGCUCACGUACGAGUACACGAAAAAUUUAUCACCAGAAUAUGUCGUGCUGUUGACGUUCAUGUGCGGGAUUGUCGAGAUGGUAAUGAGUCUGUUCAAUUUGGGUGAGUCUCCUUGUAAAACAUUUGUCUGAUUAAGCCAUAAUAAUAUGAACUGGAAAGUUGCAGUUUAUAAAAUAGAGGAUGUUCCGUAAUAGUUGUGCCAUCCGUAGUAUAGCAUACUAAAUUUGGCACCCAAAUAACGAAAUUUUUGAAAUUUAUUUACUACCUUCAAAACAGGUUUUUUUGAAAUAUAUUCAAAGAAUAUUUGUGUGAGUUUAAAAAUAAAUACUCCAUGAGAUUCCUUGUGAAAUUUGCAAAAGAAUAGAUGAUUCACAUUUUUUGUACAAUUAUUGACACUCAAUGUCGCUGAAACGUGAAAAAUAACGUGGUACAUUUAUUUAUACGGUUAUGUAUGAGAAUUUUGCAAGUAAUAUCAUGGAGAAUUUAUUUUUAAACUCACGCAAAUAUUCUGUGAGUGAAUUGAAAAAAAAAAUUGGUUUUGGAGAUAGUAAAUAGAUUUGGAGUAUGUUAUACUUGGGAUGGUAUAACUAUUAUGGAACACACUGUAGAACACGGUUUUAACCUUUAAAUUUUUGUCGUUUCACCGUCGCAGGUUUCCUGGUCGACUUAAUUUCCGCUCCGGUUAUUUCGGGUUUUACGACCGCCACGGCCAUUAUUAUCGUGGUAUCGCAAAUAAAGGGUAUUUUGGGUUUGAGUUUCAAAGGUGACUCAGUCAAGGAGAUAAUCGAGAAACUCGUCGGACAUUUCCACGAACGGAGGAACGGUGACAUUUACUUGGGAUUGGGUGCUAUCGCUUUCAUACUGAUCAUGAGGGUAAUAUAUUUCGCUUUCUACGUGUGUAAUUUUAAAUUCAACUCACUGGUAAUAAAUCUCUUAUAAUACGAUUGGUUCGCAGGAAUUACGCAAUCUACCGGUUAAGGGCUACAUGAAAAAAGUCUCAGGGUUCAUUUCGCUAAGUCGCAACACGACGGUCGUGCUCAUCUCGAUGUACAUCACUUAUUUGUUCGAGUCUAAUGGAGUUCCGUUGCCGUAUUUGACAUCUGGUGCGUACAUACACGGCAUACAAUUAUUAUUACUUACAAGCAGUCAAUAUCAGAUAUAAUAAAUAAGUAAUAAAAUAACACUUAGGAUUUAAUAUUUGAAUAGGGGCCAGACAAGACCUCGAGAAUUUUAAAUUUCAAUUUGUUCUAAAAAUUGGUGUUUACACACACUUUAACAUUAGUUUUUUGUCGAUCAAAUAUGUAUUUUACUUCGAGUACUUAAUUCCUAGUAGUUCCUAUUUGGUUAUCUAACAGUCAUAUCUAAAUGACCAAACCACCUAUGAAAAAACUUGACGAGUCUUUGCACUUUGAACUUGUGACGUUUAUUUGUCGGAUAGCCUUAUUUAAUCUAUCACUGUUUUUUUUUUUUUUUUUUAAGUAUUUAUUUAUUAAUUCAAAAAUAACAAAUUUAACAAAGCACAAAAAUUACAUAAAUUAUCUCUUCUUUAAGUUGGAGAUUGUAGUGAAGGCAAAGAAUUAAGACUAUAGAAAUGUAUCAUUAAAAUUACAAUUAUCUAAAAAAAAGAAAAAAAGGUUACGUAUAAUUAAAAAUAGAGAAAAGAGAAAAACGAUUUACAUAAAUAUGAAAAAGUACAAUACAUUAAUACAAACAGAAAAUAACUACUCAAGUAUGUGUUUUUAACAUUAAACUUUUUAAAAUAAAUGUUUGUUUUUAAAGCUAAAUGCAAUGCGUUAUAAUAGUUUGGUGCUAGAUAGUCCACAAUUUUUUUACAAAAGAUUUCUUAAAAAAAAAUUACUUAAGCAUUAAACGCUAGAUGUUUUAUUUUAUUAUCAUUAGCAAUUAUCCAGUAAUUAAAAUUUUUUAAUAACCACACUAGGACUAUUUUAUUUAUCAGUAAAUUAACUGGUAGAACAUUAAAUUAUCAUUUAAAGAGCAUUCUAACGAUUCCUCAGACUUAUACGCACAAUUUGUUUUUGUUGCAUUUUUAAGAGAUAUAAGGCCACCUCAAAUAAGCAAACCAUAUUUUAUAACCCACAGUUAAAAUAGUAUCGAAUUAAAUCCAUUAUAAUAUUUUGAUAGUUUACUGUAUACCGGAUUCAACAUACAAUAAUCGGAUAUCAGAUUUUUACAAUAUUUAUUAUUAUUUAACAGCUACCGCCAAACCGGGACUGCCGACAAUACGGUUUCCGCCCUUUGGUUACACAUCCGGAAACACGACCGUCACGCUACUUGAGAUGCUAUACGAGAUCCGGUCCGCUAUAUUUGUCAUACCACUGGUGUCGGUGCUGGCUAACGUGUCCAUUGCCAAGGCUUAUGGUAAAUAAUAUUAUAUAUUAUGAAUAUACCGAAUUUGCCGUAUUUUAGAUUCUGUAAUAAUUAUUUCGAUAAAAAUAUGUUGGCUCUUUUGGCGUUUGUUUCAGUGAAUAGAAUUUUUUGUGAUUUGGUAAAAACACUCAAAAAUGUAUUCAUCGUAAAUUAAGCGUAUAAUAUUACAAUUGUUUUUGUCAAUAAUAUUGUAUCUAGUUACCAGUAUUGAGGAGAUCAAUUUUUGAUUUUCUUUGUAGUUUUCUUAAUAAUUAGGAAGAAGCGAAGGGAAAACGCAUAACAUAAAUAUUAACCUUUUUUGUAGACGUGAUAACAUUCACAAAACAUUCUGGUGAUUUUUGAGCUAUUUAUUUGCUUUUGACAGUUUCAUCGUAAACAUCACGACAAUUCAAAGCAUGUUAAAGCGAACUUCGCUCAGAAUCGUAUUUCGUUAGGAAUAAUUUAUCGUUGCGUACAGAUAUUAAUUACAUAACCCUAUCUUACCUUUUAUAUUUUUUGUUAUAUGAAUCUUUGAAGUCCGAAUUUUGACGGAAUUCGUAAAAAUCACGAAUAAUUGUAAAUUAUAUUAUUUAUUUAUUUAUUCGUAUGGUAUAACUAUUGAUUAUGAACUAUACAUACAUAAAACAAAAUAUAUAUGUAAUUGGGUAAUUAGGAACAAUGAGAGAUACAUAUUUAGUAAGCAAUAAUAACGACUACAACAUUAAUAAUCACAAAGAUAAUAAUAAAAAUUAACAUAUUAAUUUUAUAGAUUCAGAUCAAGCUGGUAAUGAUUAUAUUAUUGUAAAUACGGUAUUCAAUUAAAGUUUAGGUGAAAAAAAAAAAAAUGAAAAAAUGUUAAAUCGAACUCCGUUCAGCAUUGUAAAUUUCGUUAACAAUACAGUUAUUUACUGCAGACGACACUUCCGAGCAAAAAGAAAAAAGAAAAACAAAUCGUGUCGAAACGGUUAUUGUCAUCACUUUCAAUGCGAUUAUGUCUUUGGUGUCUGAAUGAAGAUGCUAAUUUUUGGUUUUUUUUUUUUUUUAUAAUUCCGUCUUAUGUUAUUUUUUCCAUACAUUUUAAUUUUUUUUUUUUGUAAUCAAUUUAAGAUUCUCUUUCCCAGGACCAACGAUAUACUGUUAUACAUUUUUUUUUUUGCCUUUAGAUAAAUUAUUAAAAAUUUAAAGUUUGACUAGCUUUCGUAUAUUAUAAUAAAAUACGACGGAAUUUUUUUUUAUAAUAUACAGCUAACGGAGGUACCAUCGACGCCACACAGGAGAUGAUGGCCCUGUCUGUGUGCAAUAUCGCCGGUUCGUUCAUCGGGUCGAUGCCAUCGUGCGGCGCGUUCACCCGGAGUGCCUUGAGCCAGGCCAGCGGUGUCCAGACGACCCUGUCGAACAUUUACGCAAGCUGCUUGAUAUUUUUGGCGAUCAUAUUUCUGACACCUCACUUUCAUCUCAUCCCGAGAGCCAUAUUGUCCGCGGUGCUGAUCAGCGCCGUGGUAUUUUUGGUCGACUACCAAAUCGUCAAACCGCUCUGGAAAACUAGCCGUGAGUAUAUAAUACGAAAUUAUCUUACACUCGUCGCGCACGUCGCUUGUUUUGAUGUAGAUAUUACAUGAUUGCGUGUUGGAUUUCGUGAUAGAACACAUUCAAUUUUCUUGCUUGAUUCCUUGAUGGAUUUGAGAGUGAGCCAAUCAGAGAAUAGCAUCUUGUCACGGAGUCGGUUUAGUGAUAAGCUAUAAGCCAUAUAGUUAUGCCAAGUAGAAAAGUAGCCCGAUAACAACCAACGUGCGAUGUCAAUGCGAUCACGCAAGCUAUCUUGAUUUCCAUCAUUGCCUGCAGCUGGCGAUCCUGCAACAAAACAAGCGUCGUGUUCACCGAGCUUUACACCCGACGACUCGCUCUGUCGUUCUUCAUUCUUACAUACUAGAUAAUAUUUUUUAUUGGUUUCACAGGCGUAGAACUGUUAAUCACGAUGAUUACGCUCGUGGUCAGCCUUUUGUUCAACGUGGAAAUUGGUUUGCUCGCGGGCGUGUGCGCAAACAUUUUGCAUUUGGCGCUCAUGUGGUCCAGGCCAAAAUUGAAAAUCGAACUGAUCAAAGUACGUAUAAUAUACAGUACAAAAUAUAUUAUAUCGGUCCAAAGCACGGGCACAGUAAUUGAUAGAAAACAAAACGAUAAAUUUUUAAAAAUUAUGACGGUUUUCGUUUAUUAUGAUUAUUUGUAUGUGCCCGCAGUCUAGAGAAAUAGAGUUCAUGUUGAUAACGCCAAACAACGGGCUUUAUUUUCCGGCGAUCGAUUAUCUGUACAGAGAAAUCAUGCAAAUCGCCAAGGAGAAACCUUACUCAAAAACGCCCUUUGUCCUCAACUGUGUGCAUAUGAAGGGACUGGACUUCACGGCCGCUAAGGGACUGAGUCUGAUAUCGUCAGAGAUUCAGGCCAGAGACCAACUGUUCGUGCUGCUGAACGCAUCGGAAAAAAUACGAUAUGUGUGUCUGAAGUCCAGUAGAUGUCGGUCAAUAGUGUUUUGUAAUUCACUGGAUGCUCUUCCUGCCGUCAUUCUUGGUUAGUGCAUUGUCUUAUCGUUUUUAGCUGACUGAAAAUACAACCGGUAUUCAAAAACUAAACAAACAUGGUGACGAAAAAUGUUUUUAAAUUUGUUUGUUUUGGAUUCUGAGGUUAUUUUUUAAUUUCCAUUACAGUUUUCUUAGUAAUUGGGAACAAUGGGGAAAAAUUUAGUAUUUGUUUUGGUUACAUCUGUGAAUAAAAUUUUUUGAACCCACUUAAAAUGUUUGAAAAUUUAACAAGAAACUUAUUAUAAUUCAUAAGUUGUACUUAGCAGCAGAAAAAAAAAAGGUUAAGCGUAAUAUUUUUUUUUCAAAAAUAAGUGUAAUUUUGACUGAACUGGGCUCAAAAUCAUUUUUCGUUAAUAAUGGUUAAUCGUCGCAUACAGGUGUACAUUAAAUUUCCUCUAAACUAACUUCCAAACUUCUCACCUAUAACAGUGGCCCACCCACGUGCAAAGUAUCCCCGUCUUUUUUAAAAUUUUUUUUUUUUUAAUUUUGUGUUGUAUGCUAUACUGUAGGUGAGAAAUUUAAAGAAAAAUGUGAGCCCAAAUCGAGGAACGAAGAGCAGGCCAACGCACUAGACGUUCAAAUCAACUUGGCCGAAGUGACACCGUUGUUGAAAUUAAAGCCUUUAAACGGUAACGAUACGACUAUAGUCAACUUAUAGUAUAUUAUUUUAGUAUAAGGGAUUUGCAAUAUAAUAUACCGACUUUUACUUUAAGUUUA